UUUGGAAAUUUUGGUCUUUGGAUAACAUUUUAAGGUUUAAAGUAUUUUUUUUGUGCAAAUCAAUUAUAAGAAUUUUUAUAAUAAAAGAAGAUAUGAUAUUUUAAAUUUAUUUAAAUUUAAAAGAAACAGAGUAUUAUAAAAAAAAAUGUUAAAUCAAAUAUCUGCUGAAGCUUUAUAUUCAGCAACUUUUGUAGAAAAUUAUAUGGACUGCGUUGAAAAUCUUCCAGAUGAUGUACAAAGGCAUUUAUCUAGGAUACGUGAUAUUGAUGUUCAAGUACGAAAUUAUUUACGCGAUGUCGAAAAUUAUUAUGAUCAAUGGGUUAGACUUACAAGUUCAACGAAUGAAAGUGACAUACAAAAACGUAGUAAAUUAAUGGCUAAAAUACAAAAAUCCUUUAUAAACGCUCAAGAAUUGGGUGAUGAGAAGAUGCAAACUGUAAAUCAAUUACAAGAGUUAAUUGAUCAAAAGACAAGGCAAGUUGAUUUAGAUUAUAAAAAUUUGGAUUAUGGUAAAGAAGAUCAAUUAAUGGAUACGAGUCCAAUUGGUGUUUCAACUAGUGGUAUUGGUAGUACGAGUGGUACAUCAAAUAUAAAUAUUCAAUCUGGUAAUAAUAAUAUACAAAAAACUCCAAGACCACAUAGCCCGAUAUCAUCUCAAUUAUUACCAACAUCGGCAAUUAAAGUUGAAUCAACACAACAAAAUGUUAAUUAUUCUAUAGCUCAAACUAUAACAACCAUUAUGAGUGGUGGUAAUACACCAUCUCAACGUGGUAAUACACCUACAAUAUCAGAGAAGAAUAAUUCUAAUAAUAAUAAUAAUAAUAACAGCAACAAUAAUAAUAAUAAUAACAGUAAUAAUAGUGGAAAUAACAACAAUAAUAGCAAUCCUAUUGAACAACGAACAACAAGUAAAAGAUCGCGAAGACCUAGAAAUGAAAAUAAUUCAAAUGUUAAUGAAACUGGUGGAAAUGAAUCUAAUAAUUCUGCUAAUGAAAGUGGUAAUAACAGAAAUUCUACACAAUCAAAUGCAAUAUCAGGUAGUAAUUCUGGUAACAAUAAUAAUGCAAACAAUUCCAAUUCUGGAAAUUCUAAAAAAACUGGUGGGCAAGGUGGUGCUGGUGGUAAGAAAAAGAAACGUAAAACUCGUGGUCAAAAUAAUCAAAAUCAAAAAGAUCAAAGAGAUGAAACACCACCACCAGAUCCAAUAGAUCCAGAUGAACCCACUUAUUGUUUAUGUGAUCAGAUAUCAUUUGGCGAAAUGAUUUUAUGUGAUAAUGAUUUGUGUCCCAUUGAAUGGUUCCACUUUUCUUGCGUAUCACUUAUGUCAAAACCAAAAGGUAAAUGGUUUUGUCCAAAUUGUCGUGGCGAUCGUCCUAAUGUUAUGAAACCGAAAGCUCAAUUUUUGAAAGAACUGGAACGUUAUAACAAAGAGAAGGAGGAGAAAACUUAAAUUUUAAUUUUAUUUUAAUUCAAUUAAAUGCAUACAUACUUUUAAUUUUCAGACUAAAAUUGAAACUUAUAAUUUUAAAAGAUUAAAAUUUCAUAAUUGCAAAAUGUUUAUUUAAGUUAAGUUGAUUAAAAUUAAUAAGAUUAUAUUUUUGUUGUUUGUAAAAUACAUAUUAUAUACAUAGGUUUAUUUUGUGCUUUUGAAUUUUAAAUUUAAACUUUCGAAAAUUAUA